AUGGAUAAUAGUCAUAAUUUUAUUUUAAAAUUUGAUCAAAUUAAUUUACAUAGAUGUAAGGCUGCUACUCAGCAACUUGUUUUGAAUAUGGAGGUAAACAAUGUUUCUGUUGCUUUUAUUCAAGAACCUUACUCUUAUCAUGGUCUUAUGCCUGGCUUUCCGAGUUCCUUUAGGUUAUACUAUGAUUUUAACUCAGAGGUCAUAAAGGCUGCUAUUGUUGUUCGAGCCGGAUUUCUACCUACGUUUUUGGAUUUGAGAUUCUUGGAUUAUAAUAUGGUGACUCUUGAUAUUAUUUUUAAAGAUACUAAAUAUUUUCUAUUUUCAUACUACUUUGAGCCCUCCCGAUGUAUUGAAUUUGAUUUGCAUAAAAUAAGUCGGGUCUUCCAGGCUAAGGAUCUUGCAAAGCUUAUUUGGGGUAUGGAUUCCAAUAGUAAGUCUGAACUGUGGUUUAGUCCCUACAGUGAUGCUCGAGGAAACAAGCUUGGAGAUUUUGUCAGCUCCUAUAACUUAUAUGUGAUCAAUGAGGACUGUGGCCCUACCUUUUGUUCGGAACAGGGAUCAAGCUAUAUAGAUGUCACAAUUAUGGGAGCUGAUUUGCUAGCAAAUGUUACCCGCUGGUGUCUCUCGGACUGUGAAUCAUUGUCAGAUCAAUGCAAUGAUUGA